AUGUUCUAUUGCAGCCAUUACUCCGUUUAUCCUCUCCGGCUGAAACGGCUUCAGCCACCUCAGGACGAUUUAUUCCAGGCCUUAUUUGCCGCGCUGGACUCUCUGAAAGAGACUUUCACUUUGCAGAAUCACGAUCUGCUAUGUAUUUCCGCGAAAGUCGUGGCCAUUCAUCAGGGACGCUGCCGCAAAAUCCAUGACCCGGCGGAACGGCGGAAACUGAUGCAACAGGAAGCCGAUUAUUACAUUGCCAGCUCUCUUGCACCUGACCCGGAGCCAGGCGCAGCGCAGCUGAACAUUGAUUUUCCGUUUACCAUCAAGGAUGGUACGCCGGUACCGUUUGCUGGUAUUGACGAAAGUAAUGGUGAUGGCUGGCAGAUUCUGUGGCCGGAAACACCGCAGCAUAUUGCCGGGGAACUGCGCAAACGCAUUGCGCAACGCUAUGGAGUUGAUUCGCUGGGCCUGCUUAUUCUGGACAGCACCGUGUUGCCGAUGCGCAGGGGUUGCAUCAGCCUGAGUAUCGCGGCAGCCGGAGUCCAGUUACUGCACAGUUAUCAGGGUGAGGUGGAUUUAUUUGGCCGUGAGCUGAAAUUGAGCGAAACAAAUAUUGUCGACCGGAUUGCCGGCUUUGCCGGGCUCCACAUGGGCGAAGGCGCAGAACAGACUCCAGUGGUCGUGCUGCGGGGCCUGGAGCGCUUUAUCACAGAACAACAGGAGGCCACCGGAUUUCCCAGGCUCUUUAUGGAGCCGGAGCAGGAUUUUUAUGCGCCUUUAUUCCGCCAGCAUGGCGAACAGCAUCUUUCGUGA